AUGAGUCGCCUGAUACUUCGAACGGCUCAAUUGCAAGACUUCGCCGCGGAAUCAACAAACGAAUUAAGACGGUGCAGAGUUAUUGCGCAAUUUAGUGGGUUAGUUGAAUCAAGAGAUAAUCCAACACCAACAACAUUACAAUUUCGCGACCUAAAGCAACUAUCAGAACAUGAGCCAGGACCCCCAAUAUACAUGGUAAUUGGUGACUCCUUGUAUUGCUCAAAAUUUUUAAAUAAUUAUAAUGAACGGCCAAUUGAAGGUGAUGUUUUGGAUAUGAGAUGUUGUGUUGUUCAAGGAACAAUAGAAAUAAUGCAUUUUCGCGUCUUGGCUUUAAAGGAACUGAAUGCAAUAACUCAAUUUUUGAAUAGUGAUGAAGGCCACUUAUUUUUGAAUAUGUCAGGACGCGCUGCCAGUUAA